AUAUCGGCUGUCAUUGGCACCGGUCCAUAAUCUCUCUAGACAGAGUAGAGAACACAUCGACAAUACAAUAUAUAAAUAAUUUAUUAAUAAAUACGACAAUAAAUAAAACAGUAAAGUGCAAAAAAUAUUACUGUUGAAGUUACAUUUUGCGGAAGUUGCGAACAAAGUGUGAAAGUUUUUUUUUAUUUGGAAAAUGGCUGCGUUAGUGUUGGUGUUUACGAAACACACAAUAUCAUGCAUACUGCUACUGCUGUGCGUUGCGAUGCUGGUCCGGGAAUCGAACGCGCGACCUCCCUGGUUGGCGCCCGGCAGCGGGGUGUUUACUGAGUCAGCGGAGUGUCAUACAGAUGAUGAACUUCUAGACCUCUGCCAACGUUGCGCCAAGCUAACCAAGUCAAAGCUCGCCUACCCAGCCUGUUGCUCCACAGACCUUGAAGCCAGGAGAUGGUGCUCAGACUACGUAUACUUCGGCAGUGGACAGUAUGACUUUCAUUGAAGAAAAGAAAUGCUAACAACAAGAGAUUUAAGUCUGUAAGCGUAGGUUAAGAGUCAUACGGCUCUAGAGAAAAUGGAUUGCAAGAAAUGCUUUUUGCAAGCUAUGCCUUUUGCAAGAUAUGCAUAUUGCAAGUUAUGCAUAUUGCAUGAGACGCUUAUUGAAAGUUUUUUGAACUACGCGUCUAUUCAUGUAUUUAAUGAGUCAAUUAUUUUGUAUCUAAAUCUUGCAAGAAAACGCAAAUUGCAGUCCAUUUCGAAUAAAUCCCCGAAGUAAUUGUAGGGGAUGGUUUAUAUAAGUACUACGAGAUAAUGCUUUAGUUACGUUUAACUGUAGUAAAAUAGAGUCAAUUUGUUGGACAGAGUCUGUUUGUAUCAAUUGAAUUACUUCCAUUUUCAAAGUUGCCUAUGCUGCUAUGCUAAAAAUGCUAUUUUAAAAAUAUUUUUUUUUUCACUAUAAGUUUGUCGAAAAACCGUUCACGUGAAACUUGUUUUUGGCUUCAAAUAAAUUGGAAACUUUUAGAAUAGUGUCAGGUCACGCCGUCCCUCAGAAUCAGAUAUGGCCCUCAAAAGCGACAGAUAAAAUCCAGACCAGCGCGCGGACGGCGUGACCUGACACUAUUCUAAAAGUUUCCAAUUUAUAUAUAUAUGAUAAAGUCAAAUCAAGUCAAGUCAGUUACGUGCUCAGCGGUGAAGGAAAACCCACAUUUGUAAGAAAUGCAGUUUCGGAUUAUGUGACCAAACCUGUAUUGGGCUGGUUUCCCCUUCGGGUUGGAAGGUCAGACAGGCAGUCGCUUCUAUAAAAAACCAGACCUGUCAAAUUUGCGGGUUAGGUAAGCGGAACCCGUGAAAAACGGAUUAACGCAAGGGCUAUAAUGAAUGACAAUUAGUCAUAUGCAAACUGGUUUUUACAUAGGUGAAUAAUUAUUAAAGCUAAAUUAAUGUUCCAAUAGUACUCGCUUAAAAUAUUGUAAGUUUAUUCAUUUACGAAGAUUUUUUUUAAUGUAUCUAGGUAUGUAAUAUACUUUAGAGUUGGUUCUUAUAUUCGUGGUUCCUAUUCUAAAAGACUUUAAUAAUUUUGUAAGCAAAAUAUAAUAAAUUGUGAUAAAUUAGUAAUGGUACUUGUUCACAAGUUUAAUUUCUAAUAUUUAUUUUGUAAGUUAUGUAAUUUCCAGUGAAAUUUAAUGGUACAGGCUAUAUAGUUUUUUUUUAUUAUUUUUUACAAAUUAUUAUAUUGUAAUAAAUAACAAAAACAAAACAAACAAUGUCUGAAGAAUCGUCGAAAGGUUAUGGCUGUGAUAAAUUUAGUCUAUUAAGUAUCUAGAAAAAUAAGUAUGUAAAAGAUAAUUAAAAAUAUCUAAUACCUAA